CGUUUUUAAUGCUGCUGACGAGACGCUCGCUCAAGCAUCGGUGACCGUACAUUUACGAAUGGACGGCAUGAAUUUGACAUCAACCCAUAUUCUAACUAGUCCGAAUCCUUUCAACGAAUGCUUAUUUUUACAAGGCUAUUAGAACGUUAUACAUAUAGUUCAGUUUAGCCGUGUGUAGCAUAGACAUGGCGUCUUGAGCUAUGUGAAAAUGGCUCUAUAACACGGUGUUGUGGAGGGCGCGGUCCAUUCAACAAGGAGCUGUGGACACCAGCAGGCAGGAUGGAGGAGAAGAAACGCAACAUCCGGAUCAUUGAAUGGGAGGACCUGGACAAGAAAAAGUUCUACUCCCUGGGUGUGUUCAUGACCAUGACCACCAGGGCCACAGUUUACCCGUUCACCCUCAUCCGCACCCGGCUGCAGGUGCAGAAGGGCAAGUCCCUCUACACAGGCACCUUUGACGCCUUCUACAAGAUCCUGAAGGCGGAGGGCCCGCGAGGCCUCUACCGAGGCUUUAUGGUUAACACCUUCACCUUGAUCUCAGGCCAGGCCUACAUCACCACCUAUGAACUGGUAAGGAAGUACGUGUCCCAAUAUUCCAGCAAUAACACAGUGAAGUCUUUGUGGGCAGGGGGAGCGGCGUCCCUGGUGGCCCAGACCAUCACUGUGCCCAUAGAUAUGGUCUCUCAGCAGCUCAUGAUGCAAGGCCAGGUGGGACACCUGAGCCGCUUCAAGGUCAAACCCAAAAUAAUGAUGGCGACAUCCAAGAGCAAAGUGACUUUCGGACAAACCAGGGACAUUGUGGUGCAGAUAUGCGCCGCUGAUGGUUUCCGGGGAUUUUACCGGGGAUACGUGGCAUCCCUCCUCACCUACAUCCCCAAUAGCGCGGUGUGGUGGCCUUUUUAUCAUUUUUAUGCAGAGAACCUUUCCAAACUAGCCCCCAGUGAUUGUCCUCACCUGCUUCUGCAGGCUAUCGCUGGGCCAAUGGCAGCAGCCACAGCCUCCACCAUCACCAAUCCCAUGGAUGUUGUGCGGGCCAGAGUGCAGGUGGAGGGCAGGUCAUCGGUUAUUGCAACCUUCAAGCAGCUGCUGGCAGAGGAAGGACCCUGGGGGAUGACUAAAGGGUUGUCUGCCCGCAUUAUCUCCUCCACCCCCACAGCCGUGGUCAUCGUGGUGGGCUACGAGACCCUCAAGAGACUGAGCCUGCGGCCUGAGCUGGUCAACUCUAGACACUGGUAAAUACCAGAGGGACAACCAGGGACAGACCCGGGCUAGACUGGGCCAGGUAGCCAGGGACACUGUCAAACACAGACAAAACACAGCUACCUGGUCUCCCAUAAAAACUGUUGCCUUUUUUGUUUUAAUGUGAGGUUGGUGGAUUUUAUCAUGCUGUUUGGGCAGAGGAAUUAUGAUUCAUACCUUUUUGUUUUCAGGGAGUACAACUGUAGAUAUUGGAACUUGUCAAUUAGAGGUAUGGAGAAAAAUGUGUGCGUUGUUGCAGCAGAGUAAGCAAAUUUUAAAGUGUAAUUAAUAAGGAGUCAUUUAAUUUACCAAUUAUAAGGCUUGGUAAAUUUGACACUGGGUUAAACUGGUUUUCAAAAUGGACUCUCUCAAACCCUCUGUUGCCCUUAAAUGGUGUUUGUUAACUUUAAAUGGUACAUGUUUGUCAGCUUUGUAUUGUUCAUGUAUUCACCCAAUGGUUGCGUUUCACUGGCAAAGGUAAUGUAGACAACCCUGCUGAGAGCCUGUCAACAGGGCAGGUUAUUACAUCCAACAAACAAGUUCUCUUCCUUUGGUGAGAAAGGACCAGGGCUAUGUUGAAUAAGAGCAGAACUGCUCUCUAGUACCCUUUUUCUCUGAAUAAGAUUUGUGUAAAGCAAGUUAUUCAAAGUAGGCUUGGGAAACACUAUGGCAUGGUAAGAUUACUGGUGCUUCCUCAACACAUCUCAAUUUAAAAACAGUACGACCUAUUCCUGCCCUCAAGGCUUGUGGACUGUUGGGAAUAGUACACUAUAUACAAAAGUAUGUGGACACCCUUUCAAAUUAGUGGAUUGGGCUAGUUCAGCUCUACCAGUUGCUGACAGGUGUAUCAAAUUGAGCACACAGCCAUGCAAUCUCCAUAGACAAACAUUGGCAGUAGAAUUGCCUGACGGGCUCAAUGACUUUCAACGUGGUACUGUCAUAAGAUGCCCCCUUAAAUUUCUACCCUGCUUAACUGUAAGUGCUGUGAGUGUGAGGUGGAAACAUCUAGGAGCAACAACAGCUCAGCCACAAAGUGGUAAGCCAUACCAGCUCACAGAAUGGGACCGCUGAAGUGCGUAGCGUGUAAAAAAUAAUCUGUCCUCGGCUGCAACACACUAUCAAGGUCCAUGCUGCCUCUGGAAGCAACAAAAUAACUUAGGCUUCUGUGCGGGUGCCCAUUUUUUUUUUUUUUUACCUUUAUUUAACUAGGCAAGUCAGUUAAGAUAUUUAUUUUCAAUGACGGCCUAGGAACA